AUGACAACGCCAACAGGGACAUCGGCACCAUCACGAGUCGAGGUACCUUCCUGGAACGGUGAGGCAGAGAAGCUGUCGAACUACCGCUUCGAGGUGUCGAUGUUCGCGAAGAGCAUCAGAGUGAACGGCCGCUACGUCUGCGGACCACAGCUGGUCCGGGCGCUUGGGCCGCGGGUUCGGAACGCCGUGGAGAGCUGCCCCUCGAUCAACGACGUAGACGAGGUGGAUGACAACGGAAAGUUGGUCGGCUGGGAGAGGGUGUUCAGCUGUGUGCUUGAGAAGUUGGACUACACCAGCCUCAACGACACGGGUCUGCUGGCCGAGGAGUUCUUCCUGAAGAUAGGCCGCAACUCUGGAGAGACCUUCCAGGACUGGGCGGCCCCGUUCGAGAAAAAAGGUGAAGUGACGGCGACCGCGGGAGGGGACUUCAACUACGGAAAGACCUACAAGACGUUGCUCACGCGCUUCCCAGCGGAGGAGAUCUACGAGCUGGCCGAGCAGCCCCUCAACCUUGCGGACGAGAACGAGGAGGUGGAGCCCGACGACUUGGAGGCGGACAACGAGGUGUUCGCGCAGUCUCGCCAAGCUGGCCGGAGCUUCAAGGACAGGCUAAAGGACGUGGACGCGGACAACAAGGUCGGCGAGUUCGCUUCGAAAGUGCGCGAGAUCUGCACUACUAACACGCACAACGGCUUCAUCUUGUCGGCCCUGGACGAGUGCGUCUACCUGCUUGAGCGCGAGGGGAUCUGGGCCGUGCUGGACAUUGGAGCUACGCGCAGUCUCGGUGGCGUCGAGAGCGUAGAGAACCUCAUGUACGAGAUGAUGGUGAUGCACGACGUGGAGUUCGAGGCGCACGACGACACUUGCUCCUUCACUUUCGGCGACGGGCCCCAGAAGAGCUCGAUGGGAACGGUCUCUGGACGCGCCUACUUGGGACCGGAGCUCCGAGACAUCAGCCUCUCAGUGAUGGCGAACAACGUCCCCAUUCUCCUGGGCAUGGACAUCCUGACGGACGCCUUGAAGGUAGUGGUCGACUGCGGCCGUAACUGGAUCGGGUUUCCGACGCUGGGCAACAAGGUCUACUACUGCGAGAGGCUCUCGAGCAAGCACCUGGCGAUCAACCUCUCGACACCGCAGUGGUGGCGCGAGGUCUCUCUACCCUUGUCCCUGGAGAGCUGCCACGUCAACAUGACAAGGCGGGGCUCCAUCGUGCUGGAUGAGAAGCCGGAGGAGCCCGUGACGGGCUGCGCUGGCUGGAACCUCGAUGACCUCGAGAGGGUCCACAUCUCCAGGAGAGACCUCGAGCCAGCCCCCUUCGAGCCGACCGAGAGCGACGCAAUGCACGACCGAGAGAAGACCCACGACGUCUCGACGUUCGAGCAGCCCCGGCCCGAGACCGAUGACGACCAGGGGUUCGAGUGGGACAAGGCGGGGGACACUCUCGGGACCGUCAGGGGCGACACGGAGUCCGAGUACUCGGGGGAGCUCUUGGACACUCUCAGGGACUUCGGAGGCGACGAGAGGUUCUAG